AUGGCACGACCUCGACGCAGUGCUGCCCAGGCUGCCCAGGUAGCGCUAGCGCGGGAUGAUAGUGAGUCCGACUCGGAUUUGUCUCCGCCACCGUCACCUCCGCGACCAGCGCCAAAGCGAGGACGACCAGCCGCGCCUGUCGAUGCCAUCGAAUCAGACUCGUCUCUCUCCGAACUGUCAGAGGAAGAAGAGGCACAGCCUGCAGCAAAGCGUGUGCGACAGGUCAAGUCAGCUGUAGAUGUAACGACUUUGGGGGACAAUGAAAUCUUUCAGGCUGUCAUGCAAGCGAACAACCUGGACGACGCGGCGGAAAACUGGAUUGUAGGGUUCCAGUCAGACUCAGGAGAGGCGUUAUCUCAGCUCCUUACCUUUCUAUUACGUCUUUGUGGAUGUGGUGAGAGCGUUUCUCGAGAAGAGGCUCUCGAUCGUGAGAAUAUGGAUACAAUAUUGGAGCGCUUGCAAACCGAAGUGGCACAACACGCAUCAGCGCAAUACCCUAUUGUCUCACGAAAUAAGACCAUGAAAGGAAUUAGGAGGAGUACUCGUGAAUUUUUGGACAAGCUCUUUUCCGGUGCGUCCGAAGCUGAUAUGUUGGGCGACGAGGAUUUCCUCGAGACCUGGCUGCAAUGGCUUAUUGGAAUGUCGGUAUCGUCUCUUCGGUCAUUCCGACACACAGCUACUGUGGUAGCUCUGUGGACAGUCGGUGCAUUGUCAUACCAGCUGGAGCAAGUGCGUGAGCACUAUGAUGUGGCUGUGAAGCAGCGGGAUGCUGAGGCCAAGCGAGAUGGUGGUAAUCGGACACGUUUGGCUCACACGGCUGAGCGAAUGGAGCAACUGGAUGCAUUGCGUGACUCCCUUGAUGCACACUUGAAUGAGCUGCAGAUGCAAGUAUUCGAUCCACGAUCGCGGGAUUUCGAUGCUGCCAUUCGACUCGAUUGUAUGGAGUGCCUCGGUCAGUGGAUGACGUCGUAUCCUUCUCAGUACCUGCAAGACUUUUAUUUCCGGCAUAUUGGCUCGGCCCUACAAGAUCCUGAUGUGCAUGUGCGUCUAUCUACGCUUAAGACAGUACAAGCUAUCUGCAAGCCGGUAAAUGCUAUUCAGCUUGUUCCCUUGGCAGAGGCACAGAAGAAACGGAUGGUUGAUAUCGCCCUGUACGAUGUAAAUCUAUCAGUUCGAACGACAGCCUUCUCCGCGUUGGAAUCCUUGAACAAGCAAGACAUGCUCAGCAACGAAGACCGAGCUGCACUUGCUGUGCAUAUCUUUGACAAGGAGGCGCCCAUCCGUAAAGCAGCUGCUUCCUUCCUUGUUGGACUAUUGGAGACCGACGUAGCUCACAGCAGUGACGUCCCUGAAUCCAUGGCUCAUGUCUAUGGUCUACUGUGUCUCCUAGCAAAGUAUGAUCAGCAGUUGAAACAGCAUGAUACGGUGCCGUUGGAUGCCAAUGACUUUGAUUUGGUCAAGCCAAAGCUGGGCCGUAUUCAUGUGGCUAUGGAGGCCCUGUGGGACGCGACAGAGUUUGUCCAUCCAUGGCAAUCCUAUAUCGAUCUUCUCCAUGACGAGUCUGCGCCAGAAUUAGAUGCAGCGCAGGAGGCCAUUGCUGUGGAAAUGCUGGCUUCUGUGAUGCAAAUUCUACAGGCACGUCAUGAACAGGACAGCGAGUCGCUUGAAUGGGAAGCGUACAGCACAAGUAUGAUUGAUGCUCUUCCGAAACUGUUGGCUAAGUACGCAGGUGAUGCUGCACGCAUAUCCGAUCUGCUUCUCAUUAUCCCGGCUAUGGACCUCGACGUGUACCAUGAGACUCGCAAUGAACAGGCAUGGGACUCUUUAUGGGACGAUGUUUGCGGGCAUUUCAUGCGACAUGUGGAUGCUUCGCUAUUGCAGCAUGCCGCUGAUGCAUUGCGCCUUUUCUUGAUAUCCCCCACAGACACAAGUGUGAAUGGUGCGAAACUGCUUGCACUGCAAGAGACUGUGCUAAACAAGCUGCAGGAUACGUUGUACCAACGGCAAGUCGAUGCUACUGUCUUUACGGAAGACGAUGUGCACAAUCUGCAUGCAAGUUUGGCACGGCUUCACGCUCUAUUAAAGGUCGUUGAUGUGCAUACCCUGUUAGAUGAUGACCUUUGGGACCAGGUAAUGGCUCUAGCACGCCGUGGCCGCUUGAACUACCCGCAAGAAAAACAGUUUGUGCGAUUGGCAUUGCAAUCUCUAGCGCUUAGUAUCAUGUGGGCUACGAAGGCUCUUUUGAAAGACGACGAUCAGGCUACGCCCAUGGAAAAACUCCUUCAUCGACGAGAUGCAUUGCUUGAUAUGGCAACGUCUUAUUUGGACGUAGGCUCACAUGUGCAAUCCACAUCAUGGCAAGUGGUCGUCAUGCUGUAUACACUGUUCUUCACUAUGCACGGCAAAGAUGCUACAGAGAACGAGCAUGCUAUGCAUCUAGUAUGCCCAAGGGAAAUCCAGCAGCGCUGUGCUUCCGUUUUUGCGUCAGAAAUGCACGCUCUCAUUCCUGCCUUCCACGAAAAUGCUACGUCAAAUGCCUCACGCAAGACGACAAUUGCCAUGUUAGAGCCAUCUCUGUUAUCUCUUCACUUAUACUUAUGCUCGAUGACGUCGACAUUUGUGGCCGCACUCCAAGUGGGAGCGUUCUCGGUCUCACAUGCAUCUGCCAUGCUCCAGUACUAUGCUCAAUUUGGCCAUGAUUAUGACACCAUGUGCCACGAGGUGAUCUCUGUCCUUCGAGAUGAUGCUUUGCAUUCUGAACGGGAUUGGCUCGUUGCGGAAACAAUUGUGGAAACAUUAAAAGGCAGCUUUGCUGUAUUUUCACUGUACGGAGACGAUGUGAUGGAGGCGCACUAUAUUGCACUUGCUCGACAGUUGGCCAAUGCUACCAUGGUUCGAGGGCCAGGCUUCACAGUUCUCGAGUCAUUGAAUGGAAGCGCAAUGGUAACACUCCAUGUGGCUGCUAUCCAGCAAUUCAUUCAAUACAUGCAAGACUCAGAUAACGACGAGAAAACCCCAGUGUUCUUCAAGGGGUUAUCUCAACUCCUCACCACGUUGAAGCCAGCGGAUGCCAUGACAGUGCACUCGACGAUGCAUCAACGCCUUGCCGCCGCUCAAAUUGAGCCAGUCUCAGGUGCAAAGGCAUGGGAUGCUUUUUUUUCAUAUGACAAACGUCUACUCAAUGUGGCGGCCAAGGAUGACAGUAUCGUCAAAGAGGCGCAGCACUAUAGCGCAGCAUAA